AUGGCGCCACAACAGAGGGCUUUGAAGCUUCCCAAAGUACUGGUUGAUCAGAUUGGUGGAGAAAAGGCACUUUCUGGUGGAAGCAAAUCCCGUCCUCAGGCUGGUUCGAGAAAAGAACUUCGCAAAGCUAGACGAAUUGAGAAGAAGGCUUCGAGAGGUGGACCGCCUCCUGUAAAGAGAGCGAAUGUAUAUCACGAAGAAGGCCAUGAUUCAAAUGGUAAAGCGCCAGCAGUGUCAAAAUCACCACCAGCGAAGCAAUUGCGUGACAAGCCUACGAAAGAAUCCGAGCCCAGGUCAAUCCUGAAGCGCACGAAGAAGGCAGAUCCUACAAGAAAAGGCUCUAGAAUGCGCAUAUCAGUAUCCUCGCCUCCCAGGAUAUCUAAAGCUGUGCAAGACAAGCUGGCUAGGGAAGACGAGGAAAUUGCUGCUCUAGAGAAGAAAUUGGGUUUGAAGGGCAGGAAGGGAUUGCCGCAGUCCUUCAAGGAUGAUGGACUUGAUAUGUUACUUGAAGGGUUAGGCGGCUCGGAGGAAGGGGAUGAGGGUGUCCAGCAGAAGAGGAAGAGGAAAGCAGAGGGGGACGACUGGCUGCAGCGGAAACGGACCAAGGCACGAGAUGCCGCCAAAGGAACAGUGACACUUCUCGAUGACGACGAAGAUGAUAUGGAUUUGGCAGAUAGAGAUUCUGAAGGUUCCGAAGAGGCAGAUGAAUCCAACGGAGACGACGGAGCUUCUCAUACGUCUUUAGAUGAGCCAAAGAUUCCUGAUGAUAACUCGGAAGACGACGAGGUCGAUCUUAAAGAGAACAUUUUGAACCUCGACGACGACUUCGAUGAGUUUGAAUCCAACAGCGAGUCAGAGGCAGAGGUAACCAUUGAACACCCCGAGAGACUCAAGAAGGUACGGGAGAACCCUUAUGUGGCCCCAACUAGUGGUACCAAUGCUGCUACAGAAAAAUACAUACCGCCGUCUUUACGGAAACCAGCAUCUUCUGACUCUGAAGAACUGAUUCGACUACGACGUCGAACCCAGGGUUUGGUGAACAGGCUUACAGAAGCGAACCUGAUACCGAUUCUAGCAGACAUCGAGAAGAUCUACCGGGAAAAUCCUAGACAACAUGUCACUUCGACUUUAGUUGAAGUUUUGUUGAUAUCCGUUUGCGAGCCUACGAGCCUACCGGACACUCUUAUCAUUCUUCCUGCUGGAUUUAUUGCAUCUAUUUACAAGAUCAUUGGCACCGAUUUUGGAGCUCAAAUUGUCCAACGAAUCGUAGAAUUGUUCGAUGAACACUAUGCUCGUGCCACGGCUCUAGGCAAUACUGGUCCUUCUGCGGCGACAGUAGAUAGUAGUAAGGAAACUUCAAACCUGAUUAUGCUCCUCUCCGAGAUGUACAACUUUCAAGUUGUGGGAAGCAACUUAAUGUUCGAUUACAUAAAAAUGUUCCUUGAGAAGCUAUCCGAGCUCAACGCAGAAUUACUACUGAAGAUUAUACGAGCAUCUGGACCUCAGCUAAGACAAGAUGAUCCUUCGUCAAUCAAGGCUAUCGUUGCGAUGCUUCGGCCAGCUAUUGAAGGCGCUGGGGGUGAAGGCAACAUCUCCGUCCGAACAAAGUUCAUGAUCGAGACCAUUAACGACCUCAAAAACAAUAGGAUGAAGACUGGCGGUGCCGCAUCGGCUAUUACGUCCGAACAUACCAUUAGGAUGAAGAAAAUACUAGGCUCCCUGAACACCCGAACCAUUAAGGGGAGCGAGCCUUUGCGAAUCGGCCUCAAAGACAUCCAAGAAUCUGACAAGAGAGGGAAGUGGUGGCUUGUGGGUGCCAGUUGGUCAGGCAGUGUAGCAGAGGAUUUCACUGAGCCGCCACCGUCUGAAACUGGUAAUAAGAGAGCUCCAGCAGAGGAUACGGGAACCUCAGAUCUUGUCCAACUUGCACGGGAGCAACGGAUGAACACGGAUAUUCGUCGAGCCAUAUUCCUCACAAUCAUGUCUGCGACUGACUAUCAGGAUGCACAUCUACGACUUAUGAAGUUGAAACUGAAGAAGGUGCAAGAGUUCGAGAUACCGAAGGUUUUGAUCCAUUGUGCUGGUGGGGAGAAGACCUACAAUCCUUAUUACACAUUGAUCGCCAAGAAGAUAUGUGGCGAUCGAAGACUAAAGACCUCAUUUCAAUACUGCCUAUGGGACCUCUUCAAGAAGAUGGGCGAGUCCGAAGAAGACAAUGUUGACCCCGAUGACGAAGGAGAUGCGUUGGAAACGAGACAGAUUGUGAAUCUCGCAAAGAUGUUCGGUGCCCUCCUCGUCGACGGCGGUCUAAGUCUCAGUUCUCUCAAGAAUCUCAAUUUCAGCUACCUCCAAAGCAAGACGAAGAUCUUCAUGGAAGUGUUCUUCAUUACUGUUCUACUUCAGUGUCAACGGCAAGCUGAGAACAAGAGAGAUGAGCAAGCCUUAAAAUCUAUCUUUGUUCAGGCAAAGGAAACACCGCAGCUUGUCAGAGGCUUGCAGUACUUCUUGAAGAAGGUUGUGAGUAAGACGGAUAUCGCGGGUAGCAAGGAGGAGAAGGUGACGGUGAAGUGGGCUUGUAAAGUAGCUGGUGAUAUCCUCCAGGCUGUGACUGCUGAUACUUCUUGA